AGUGCGCCGGCGCGACGGGCGCCGCCGGAUUCACGCCACAUGGGAGCUCACCGCCAUGGCGCCUGUGGUUGCAGCUUUGGGCUCUUUGGUAACGAGUCUGUACGACAUGCAGGCUUUCAAGUUUGGAGACUUCGUACUGAAGAGCGGACUGUCCUCCCCCGUCUAUAUCGAUCUGCGGGGCAUUGUGUCUCGACCGCCUCUUCUGAAACAGGUUGCUGAGAUUUUAUUCCAAACUGCUCAAAAUGCAGGGAUCAACUUUGACACUGUAUGUGGAGUGCCUUACACAGCUUUACCUCUGGCUACAGUUAUUUGUUCAACCAAUCAGAUUCCCAUGCUUAUUAGAAGGAAAGAAGCCAAAGAAUAUGGUACUAAGCGUCUUAUAGAAGGGGCUGUUAAUCCAGGAGAAACCUGUUUGAUAAUUGAAGAUGUUGUUACCAGUGGAUCUAGUGUUUUGGAAACUGUUGAGGUUCUUCAGAAGGAGGGCUUGAAGGUCACUGAUGCGAUAGUGCUGCUGGACAGAGAGCAAGGAGGCAAGGACAAGUUGCAGGCGCAGGGGAUUCGUCUCCAUGCAGUGUGUACGUUGUCCCAAAUGCUGGAAAUUCUUGAGCAACAGAAAAAAAUUGAUGCUGAGAUGGUUGAGAGAGUGAAGCAGUUUAUUCAGAAGAAUGUUUUUGUGGCAGAUGAUCAUAAUGGCUCUCUCUCCUCAAUAAAGAGGGCACCCAAAGAACUCAGCUUUGGUGCACGUGCAGAACUGCCUGGGAUCCACCCUGUUGCCUCAAAGCUGCUCAGGCUUAUGCAGAAGAAGGAGACCAAUUUGUGUCUGUCUGCUGAUGUGUCAGAGUCCAGACAGCUGCUACAGCUGGCAGACACUCUUGGGCCCAGCAUCUGCAUGCUCAAGACUCACGUGGAUAUUUUGAAUGAUUUUACUCUGGAUACGAUGAAGGAGUUAACAACUCUGGCAAAACGCCAUGAGUUCUUAAUAUUUGAAGACCGGAAAUUUGCAGAUAUAGGGAACACAGUAAAGAAGCAGUAUGAAGGUGGUGUCUUUAAAAUAGCUUCGUGGGCUGAUCUAGUAAAUGCUCAUGUGGUACCAGGCUCAGGAGUUGUGAAAGGCCUGAGAGAAGUAGGCCUGCCAUUGCACCGGGGGUGCCUGCUCAUUGCAGAAAUGAGCUCCCUGGACUCCUUGGCCACUGGGAACUACACGAAAGCCGCAGUUGGAAUGGCUGAGGAGCAUUCUGAAUUUGUGGUUGGUUUUAUUUCUGCCUCUCGAGUAAGCAUGAAACCAGAAUUUCUUCACUUGACUCCAGGAGUUCAUUUAGAAGCAGGAGGGGAUAAUCUUGGUCAGCAGUACAACAGCCCACAAGAAGUCAUUGGUAAACGAGGUUCUGAUAUCAUCAUUGUAGGUCGGGGCAUAAUAACAGCAGCUAAUCGCCUGGCAGCAGCUGAGAUGUACCGAAAAGCUGCUUGGGAAGCUUACUUGAGUAGACUUGGUGUUUGAAUGUUUUUUUUGUGAAGGCCUGAAAUGCACUGGCUUGAAAUAAGCAGACUUACUACUGCUUGGAUUCUUUCAGGGACCUUGUAUUGUGACAUCUGGGGUGUUGGGCUCUAGGAAAUACUGAGUGGCUUAUAAGCACUACUGUUAUAGUUUAUUUUCAGGUGUUCUUUUAUUGAGUCUGAUGUUGGCUGGACAAUCUCAGCCCUGACUUUGUUAGGGAGAUAUCCUCAAAUUUGGAAGCUAGCUCUAGAUCAAACUGCUUUAGAUUCUUUUAAUUGCCAUGAGACAAAAAGUUUAGGAUAUUAAGCUAAGCCCAGAACACCAUUUCUUGUGUCUAGUGUGAUACUUUAGGUAUACAAAUGGUGCUGGUUCCCUGAACUCUUGUUACUCACCAGAGAGAGCAAGGUAACCAUAGCGAAGUCCAUGCAGCCAAUGUCUGGCUCUCACUGCAGCAAGUGGAGCGGGUUCCACCUCACCUUCUGCCCUAGGCAGGCAGCAGUUGUGGGCCUGUGCUGAACCUCGGUCGCAUAGCUUCCUUUCCCACUAUUGGGUUUACAAGUGAACUGACUGCUGCUUUGUUUAUGAGUCCAUUGGGAGGCUUGCUUAAGGAUCCCACAUAAUUGUUCUGUCAUUGACAUGGGAAGUCAACCUUGGCAAGAAAUGAGACAAAGGAGUCCAGCAGCCGCUGUCAUUGACAUUUCUGUGUUUCCACUGGGGACAUCCACCUAUCCUCAUACACUCCACCUUUACAUGUGUAGCAUAAUUUCUGACUAGAUUUCCAGUAUUUUGGAAUGGCCCCUACUCUGCAUGUUCAAAACCCAGUUUGAGCAGAGACAGGAUGGCACUUGUUUGAAGCUUCAGUUCACCAGCAUACUCAACCUGCUGGCCUUGUAUGGUCGUACCUGUAGCCCACAGCAGAUGUCAGGACACUUAGUCAACAGUUGUUCCAUCCCUGAUCACCCCCCACUCCCCUCUCUAGUAAUUCACAGCCUAUUCCAUCUUGCCAUGUUGGAAGGUCUAGGUGAAAAGCAGUCUGAUUUAACUCCUUGUGUAAGAAUACCCUUUCUCUGAUAAUGCCAUCUCUGUUGCUCAUUACAAAAAGAGCUCACAAUUAUAACUUUGUUUUAAAGACGCCUGUCAACCAAUCCAGAAUUUUUGAACAAAUGACUUCAGCCCCUUACAGCUCUCCUAUUCUCUGACACUGAGGGAACACACCCUAUCCUUUGAUUGUGGCCCCAAAUCUAACUUCUGUUCUCAAAUAAACAUAUCCUUGAUUAAUAAACAUUUCCUUGAUUAGGCUGAUUCUAUAAAACCCAGUUUAAGCUUCAUGCCUCCAGUGCUACAGCUCCUGCUUUUCCCGCCAUGAAAAGCAGUUAUCAAGGAAAUUGAAAGGGCCAGAAAGAAACGGAAGAGGUGGGGGACCCCCCUGGUGGUGCAGCGGGCUGAGCGCCAAGCUGUGAAGCUGCCCACAGCCUCCAUAGCACGGGCUCGAUUCCCAGCCGCCAAGUCCACCCCAAACAUCCCCAAAUCCAACCUCUGCCUGCACACAUUUUCUUGAUUAGUCUGAGCCCAUAAAACCCAAUUUUAGCUUCAGGCCUCCAGUGCUACAGCUCCAGGGCCCUCAUGGGAAAAACAAUUAAGGAAAUUGAAAGGGCCAGAAAGAAGCACAAGAGGCGGGGGACCCCCCCAGUGGC